AUGACAGAGGCCGGGAAGCUGCCCCCACCGCUACCCCCACGACUGGACUGGUUUGUGCACACACAGAUGAGCCAGCUGGCCCGUGACGGGGUCCCCGAGUGGUUCCACGGUGCCAUCUCAAGAGAGGCUGCGGAGAACUUGCUGGAGUCACAGCCGCUUGGAUCUUUUCUCAUCAGGGUCAGUCACAGCCACGUGGGCUACACGCUGUCCUACAGAGCCCACAGCUGCUGCCGCCACUUCAUGGUGAAGCUCUUGGAUGAUGGGAGUUUUGUGAUCCUCGGGGAGAACGUGUCCCACGCCUCACUGGACGCCCUAGUCACCUUCCACCAGCAGAAGCCGGUUCGGCCGCACGGGGAGCUGCUGACCCAACCCUGCGGGCAGAAGGAUCCAGCAAACGUGGAUUAUGAGGAUCUGUUGCUUUACUCCAAUGCACUGGCGGAGAAAGCCACCAGCCCCGCCUAUGGCCCCCAGGAGCAUCAGAGGCCUUCCUUCUGCUCGGCCUCCGCAAAGCUAGUCCUGCUCCAUCAACCAAAGAAAAGGAAGCCAUCUGCAGAGCUGAACAGAGUACUCACAGAGGAGGCUGCCUCCUUCUGCCUCCCGAAAUCCCCUCUUGGGGAGGCCCACCAGAAACUCUGGAAAAACCUCAAAAUGCUCCCCAAGAUGGGCAAGAGGGUCCAGCAGCAGCUGGAAUCCCACCUCCAGGCUGUGAGCUUGUCAUCACUCGGGGACACAGGGCAAUCAGCGGUGACUCACACCUCCAGGGCGAGAGCAGGCAGCCAAGAGCACUCAGGUGACGCAGCCUGGAAAGACAGUGUCUACACGGACCUUUUUUUGGCCACAUCCCUCGAGAGCCCUUCACAGCCCCAGUCCCCAAGAGACAGAAAUGCCCCCUCCAAAAAGGCUGAGAGGUCGGCCAGCUGGAGUUGGCACAGAGUGGUGGCGAGGGCUUUGUCCUCCCAGGUAUCUGAGCCAGAGCCAAAGGACUUGACGGGGACUCAGGAGGACCAGCUCCCUGAGGAAUACCACCCACCACCACCCUUUGCCCCUGGGUACUGCUAG